AUGUGUCCUCGAUCAUACCGCGAGCAUGUGGUCACCAGAGCACACAGCCCUCGCCCUUAUCCCUUUUCUUCAUCUUUCUGCAAUCUCCCCCUUUUCACACUUUCCCCCCUGUCCCACUCCACAUACAUACAUACCCUUUCCACCCCCCCUCGCACUCCCCCAACCCUCCCUCGGCACACCCCGUCUUCCGUUUUCUAUCAUCCCAUAAUGCUGCGCACAUCAGCCCUGCGCGGCGUGCUCCGCCGCACCCUGGCUACCCCGGCCGUCAACCAUGCCGCCGCUGUGUCCGCCCUUAACCAGCCGCUCUCUGAAGUCGACCCCGAGAUGUUCGACAUCAUCGAGCAUGAGAAGGCCCGUCAAAUCAAGUCCAUCCAGCUCAUCCCUUCUGAGAAUUUCACCUCUCGCGCAGUCAUGGAAGCCGUCGGCUCAGUUAUGACUAAUAAGUACUCAGAAGGAUACCCAGGGGCACGCUACUACGGUGGUAACGAGUUUAUUGACAUGUCCGAACGCCUCUGUCAGCAGCGUGCUUUGGAAGCUUUCAAUGUCUCUCCGGAUGACUGGGGUGUCAACGUCCAAGCCCUGUCCGGAAGCCCCAGUAACCUCGCGGUGUACACAGCCCUACUCAAGCCCCAUGACAGAAUCCUCUCUCUAGAUUUGCCUCAUGGUGGCCAUCUGUCCCAUGGUUUCAUGACGGAUAAGAAGCGCGUGUCCGCUACCUCUCUGUUCUUUGAGUCCAUGCCGUACCGUCUCGAUGAGAGUACUGGCAUCAUUGAUUACGACAAGCUCGAGGAAUCGGCCGUUCUAUUCCGCCCCAAGCUUAUCAUUGCGGGCGCCAGCGCGUACUCGCGCCAUUACGACUAUCCCCGCAUGCGCGCCAUUGCCGAUAAAGUCGGCGCUUAUCUUCAUGCAGAUAUUGCACAUAUUUCCGGACUCGUUGCUGCGGGCGUCGUCCCGUCCCCCUUCGAAUAUGCCGACGUCAUCACCACCACCACUCACAAAGCUCUCAGAGGUCCUCGCGGUGCUCUCAUCUUCUUCCGUAAGGGCCUCCGCUCAGUCGAUAAGAAGGGCAAGGAAAUCAUGUACAACCUGGAAAACCCAAUCAACUCGGCCGUCUUCCCGGGUCUUCAGGGGGGUCCCCACAACCACACCAUUGCCGCCCUUGCAGUUGCGCUCAAGCAGGCUAAAGAACCAGAGUUUGUUGCGUACCAGGAGAAAGUUCUCAGCAACUCCCAAGUCCUCGCAAAUGAGCUGAUGGGAAAGGGUUAUGAGCUUGUCUCCGGAGGAACAGAUAAUCAUCUGAUGCUAGUAAACCUGAAAGCACGAGGAAUGGAUGGCGCACGGGCAGAGCGCGUCCUGGAACUGGCAGGUAUUGCACUUAACAAGAACACUGUCCCAGGGGACAAGUCUGCUUUCAACCCCGGCGGUAUUCGAAUGGGCACACAUGCCAUGACAACCCGCGGCUGCGAGGAAUCUGACUUUCAACAAAUUGCAAACUACCUGGAUAGAGGUAUCGAAAUUGCUGCGAAGAUUAAAAAGGACCUCGGGACAGGAGUUAAGAUGGCCGCCUACCGCGAGGCACUUGACAAUGGCGCAGGGGCUACUGAAAUUGCUGAGCUGAAGGGAGAAGUGGAAGCCUUUUCUAUUGGUUUUGAACCCAUCGGCUUCGACCGUGCAGAUAUGGUGUACCCGUAGAUACUGUAUCUUACGCACGGGGACCGGUUUUCGCAGAGAUAGGCACCGAUUUGAAAGUUUGUUUGAGUAUAUCAGAUGCGGUUAACAAGUGUUGAUUUACAGAGCCCAAAAUCUCCUUCACCUUGAAAAUACUGCAGUGGUCACAUAUUCCCUCCAUGAAGUUCUUAUAGUCGACCCAAACCCAUCCUUGAUUGCCAACCAUACACAUUGUAUCAAUGGACCCUCAUCUUACGCCUUCUUCCGUUGCUAGAGCGGCAGGUUUUUUUGUAAUAGGACUUUGUUUUGCUGAACGCCAGAAGCAAAUCGCAGUUUUCUCAGAAUGAAGCAAUUCGGACCAAAUUUCUUCCGCUCUUUCUGCUUGCCCAUACCACAGUAUUUCGGGAGCUUCUAGAGAAAGUAAGCCUCUGUCAAGGUGCAGUGAAACCCCAAUAAUAGAAAUGAUGUGCCUUUUAU